AUGACCAUUCGAAAGAAGAAAGAAAAUAAUACGAUGACGACAGCGAGUUGGAGUUACAAAAACUCAUUUUUUGCAUUCAAUCCAUCAUACGGAUUUCAACUGACGGACAAGAAAAACCGUCGCCAAAAUACUUCUUCAACGACUAUAACGACGAGCUCCGGUGGAGGAGCAAGAUCCAAUUCUUCCGGAGCUACAGUAAUCAGUGAUUGCUCAUCCAGUGAUGUCAGUCACUUGGAACAUUUUCCCGAUCGGUGA